AUGGCUUCAGCAUUACCGGUACUUUCAAGAGAGGAAACCAAUUUUCGUAGAGUCGCUAACUUACUAAUAAGGCUUUCCCCUAAGGCUGUUAGAAUCCUGUUCGAUAGAGAGUUUAAUCCCAGUGGAUUGAAAUCAACCUUUUCAAAGAACUGGACAGAGCUUGAUAAGCUGAAAAAGAAUGGUGCUUCUUGUAUCCUUCAGGUGGGUUCUGAUCCUAGAUCAAAUAACUUCGACCUUACAUUGAUGGUUUGUCUUCUCCGAAACCUGACAAAGGUAACUAUUCAAGAUCAGCUACCACAACCAGCUGAUAUGAGUGAAGGAGCGGCGGUAUCUAGAAUCAAGUAUUACAGGAAUCAAAUUGCGCAUUCCGACUCUGGUACGAGGUCUGACGCAGACUUCAAAACAACAUUUGAUGCAGUUUCUAAAGCUAUAGAAAUUAUCUGUCCAACAAUGAAAUCAGAUUGCACUAGUUUGGAAAACGCCGACCUAGAUAAUUCAUUCCAUGACAUCUUUGUAGAGUUUGUCAAAAAAGAAAAGGAAAUAGAAGAAAUUUAUGUUGCAGUUGAAACCCUGAAUUUGGAAAGAAAUAAUAUACAAUCUAUUCAAACCGAAGAAACAUUCGAAUGGAAAAAGAAACUGGAGAAGUUCUAUGUGACUGAAGCUGCAACCAGACUGUUUAAAGUGGUGAAAGAAAAUCAAUGCACGAUAAUAACAGGUGUACCCGGAUCAGGUAAAUCUGCAGUUGCUUAUCAUGUAGCCAUAUACAUGCAAGAGACAGAAGGAUACACAGUUGUACCUAUAUGGUUACCAUCAGACUUCAUAAAAUUUGCAAAAUCAAAUUCGAAAUAUCUUUUUGUUUUUGAUGAUGUUUUCGGUAAAUAUUCUUUGAAUGAAUUCAACCUUAACUGCUGGGAUUCUGAGACAAUUCGUAUAAAGAUGUUUUUAAAAAACAAACUCCUUAAAGUAAUGGUGACGUGCAGAUCCUAUCUUUAUGACACUGUGAGAGACAGAUUAUCUUCGCAAUCAUUUAAACGAUUUAACUUGCAGUCAGAUGAAAUGAAUUUGUCCUUUUCUGAAAGAAAAGAAAUCAGUAAAUUGUAUUUAACUGACGACGUUGUGAGUCACUUGAAUGAUGAAACUGUUAUGUUGUACAACUUUUUUCCUUUACUGUGUGUCAUGUUUAAAGAAAAAAAUAUGGACAAUGCUGAUUUCUUUCAAAACCCUAAUCAGUUUAUACAGAACGAAAUUGAAAACUUUAAGGGUAAAAAUGGCACAACUUUCAUAGCUCUUGCACUCUUGGUUUUAUCUAAUAACUCAAUAGAGAAAGCGGGUCUUCAGAUCGGCAACAACAAAUACAAUAUCAUGUUACAAGAUUUAUUUGAUGUAAUGGAUAACGGGGAACAUACAUCUAAAACUUCGAUUUUGUCAAAUCUUCGAAGUCUCAAGAACAUGUAUUUAAGAGAAACAGAGUCUAUAUUCUGUACAAAACACGAUAAAGGUUUUGACAUUAUUUCUCACUCUGUAGCUAAUUUUAUAAUUCCGUGUAUUAUUAGACAUGGAGAUACGGCGUUCAUUAGUAGUAGAUGUCAAUUAAAAUCACUCGACGAAGAACAUGGCGAUUGUACCAUAUUGAUAAGAGACGAAUUCGAAACAAUGUAUUUCGAACGUAUACAGAAAGACAUAGAUGAGGGUUAUAACUGGGAGCAUGAUGCUUUCUUGAAUAACUACCACGCCAAUGGCUACACUCCACUCCAUUGUGCUUGUAUAAAAGGUCAUAAAAAUGUAGUCAAACUAUUACUGCAGCACAAUGCUGCAGUAAAUGAAUAUGAUAAGCAUGGACAAACGCCACUAGAUUUUGUUAUUGGCAAUGGACAUACAGACCUUAUCAAAACUCUAACCGAAUAUGGUGCAGAUGUUAACUUUGCUAAGAAAAACGGAAGAACUCCAAUUUAUAAAGCCUGUCAGCGUGGUUAUUUAGAAUCAGCACAAAUGUUGCUUUUUUAUAACGCUGACGUUACAAAAUGUAACGAAAACGGAUGGAGUCCAUUAUAUAUAGCUUCUUAUUUCAACAAAAAAGACAUAGUUGCCCUCCUAUGUGAUCACAGUACUGCAGUAGUUAAUCAGUCAAAUAAGAAAGGCAGGUCACCAUUACAUAUUGCUUGUCGAGAAGGUUAUAAAGACAUAGUAAUACUAUUAUUAAAAAAAGUUGUUUCAAAUAGUAUUUGCGAUAUAAAUGGAUAUACUCCAUUGCAUUUUGCUUGUUCAAAUGGUCAUAAGAACGUAACCGUACGUUUGAUCAAAGACGGUGCUCCCCUUAAUGAAAUUGAUAAGGAGGGACAAACACCAUUAUUUAUUGUUGCUAAGAAUGGUGAUACAAAUUUGAUUCGAAUUCUUGCUGAAUUUGGUGCAGAUGUAAACAUUGCUAUAUAUAAUGGAAUAACGCCAAUUAUUUCAGCUCUUUGGUUGAAGAAUUUAAAAGCAGCACAAAUGUUGAUAAGUUAUAGAGCUGACGUAAACAAAUGUGCUGAUAACGGGUGGAGUCCAUUACAUUAUGCCUCGUAUUGCAACGAAAAGAAUAUAGUUCAAUACCUAUGUUAUAACAGUGAUGCUAUUGUAAAUCUGUCAGAUAAAAAAGGAAAAUCGCCAUUACAUAUUGCCUGUGAAAAAUGUAAUAAAGAUAUAGUAUCAAUUCUAUUACAACGAGGUGCUACCUACGAAUAUUACGAUAAAAAUUGUAACACACCGUUUCAUUUGGCGUGUAACGAAGGUAAUACAAAUAUCGCAAAACAAUUUAUCAAAAGGAAUGCACCAAUAAAUUACCCAAACAGCUUCAAUGAAUCGCCAUUCUAUAUAGCUUGUAAAGAAGGUCAUCGAGAUAUAGUCGAACUAUUAAUAGAGCAUGGAGCAGAAGUAAAUAUGUCAUCUGAAUAUGGCUGGACACCUCUGCAUGUUUCAGUAGCUUACGGUAUAACGGGUAUAACUUGCCUGCUUUUGGAAAACAGUGCCUCGGCUAACAAACUAGAUAACAAAGGACGUACUCCUCUAUACUAUGCUACUUAUAAUAAUUAUAAAGAUAACAAACUAGAUAACAAAGGACGUACUCCUCUAUACUAUGCUACUUAUAAUAAUUAUAAAGAUAACAAACUAGAUAACAAAGGACGUACUCCUCUAUACUAUGCUACUUAUAAUAAUUAUAAAGAUAACAAACUAGAUAACAAAGGACGUACUCCUCUAUACUAUGCUACUUAUAAUAAUUAUAAAGAUAACAAACUAGAUAACAAAGGACCGGAAUGA